CGCGGCUGGGAGACCCGCCCCUGCCGCUCCAGCCGCACUCGCGGGCUCUGCUGGUGGAUGGCCCGGGGGGAGUCCCGAAAACGACACGCUGCAGGUCCCCGUCUCGACCUCCACUCCUCUGAGAGCGCCUCCGUGACCCGGAGAGCCGGUGGUUGCUGGGAGGGCGGCGGGGACACAGGUACCAUUCGGGAGGCGAGCUGGCAGGGCACUUUUGACCCUGGGCAAGCCCGCAGACGCUGGCCCCAGGACCCUAGACGGGUCUUCGUUCCGUUGACUCUUCUCGGCCUUCCUUGAUCCUGCCGGCGCCCUCUACCUGGGACUGCUCUCCUCACGUCGGCUCCCCGGCCCUCUAGGGAGCCUAGGUGUCCCUGGGAUCCACCCCGUCCCUCUUGGGACCUUUCUCCCUCCACACCCUUCCCCCACUCUGGAGGUCCGGCUGGACGCGACCCAGAGCUGCCACCGCCCGCUUCUUCCACUCAAUGGAGGACAGUCUGCUGGAGAUCAUGACCAAGGACGGCGGCGACAUGCCGGCACCUCUGGAGGUGUCCACGGUGCCAGCCGUGGGGGACGUGAUCUCUGGGGAGUAUAACGGCGGCAUGAAGGAACUGAUGGAGCACCUGAAGGCCCAGCUUCAGGCCCUGUUUGAGGACGUGAGGGCCAUGCGAGGGGCGCUGGAUGAGCAGGCCUCGCACAUCCAGGUUCUGUCGGACGACGUGUGCGCCAAUCAGCGGGCCAUAGUCUCCAUGUGCCAGAUUAUGACCACCGCGCCCCGUCAGGGAGGCUUGGGUGUGGCCGGCGGCAAGGGGAGCUUCCCAAGUGUUCCACAUGAACCGGAGACACCUUCGCCUGGUAUCGGGGACAGCGACUUGCUGGGUCGCGAUCCAGAGGAGGAGGAUGAGGAUGAAGAGGAGGAGAAAGGGAUGCCCAGCCCCGCCACACCCACCAGUCACUGUGAGCGCUCUGAAAGCCCCUGUGCUGGUCUCCUUGGGGAGGAUGGGCCACUUGUGGAGCCCCUCGACCUGCCUGACAUUACCCUGCUGCAGCUGGAGGGCAAGGUCUCUCUGUGAGGGAGAACCCCACUGGGGCACCAACUACCUGGGCUUUGAGUUUCUAAGCGCUUAAUGCGAGGGGACUGAACAGUGCGGUGCAGUGUGCUUCACUCCAGACGUGGUUCUUAUAGGUCAGGGAGAGAGACUCCCUCACGUAAGGAUUUGUAGGGUGAAGGACUUUGGAAGCAUCGCGAAACCUUCCAAGCAAACAUCAUAGCAAAACUGCAGAAAGGUGAGGUUCCCGGAGAGGAAGUGCCCAUCUCCGGGAUUCCCAACCAUCCCCUUACUUUGCCCUUUCCCCUCUUCCCAGGAAACAGAAGGACCAUUUAAUUAUGUAAAUAAAAUUCUGCUUUUUCUAUUCUGAAAAAGGACUCAUCUAGGACUUUGGCAAAUAAUCUCUAUUUACCUAGAAAUUAAGGAAUUGGGGUAUGUUCUGUUCUGGCAACAGGAAAUCCACCCUUUUGCUGAAAUCCAAGAUACACAGUGCUCUGCAGAAGCCUCUCCCCUCACAGAUCUCUGCGGCUGUUGAUUGGUAAAGGAAGCUUGAGGAGGGAGCUGCAGCCCUAGGAAUCUGGGUGCAUGGGGUUGCAAGGGCCCCUGGGCUGGGAGAGCUGGCUAUGAAUGUGCAUGAAGACACAAUAGCUCAAGCUCUGGGAUUUUGCAUGCAGAGCAGAACCUGCCCUCUCACUGCCUUCGUCUGGGAUUGCUUUCCCACUCACCUGGACCUAGAGAACAAAGUACCCAGUUCACAGGCAGAGACUUGGGGCUGCUCAGCAACAGCCCUGAUCUAGGGGACAAUUGAGGAACUCUUGGCAGGGGGGGCUGCAGCCCCAAACUGUCUUUUCUGGCUAUACCUGCUUAAACUUAAGUUCCCUUUUCUGUCAAUAUGUCGCUACCCUCUGCUUUUUGGUGUUGCUUCCAUUAAUGUCUUGUGUUUUGUGUGUCCACCAUGUAGUAGUGUGUGAGCCCUCAGGGGCAGGGCUUGUGGCUCUAGUGUUAGGUUCAGGGGGCUUCAGACCCUUCUGUGAGCCCCAGGCUAUCAUGGCGCUUUCCCCUCUCUUUUCCCCUUUGCCCCACUCCUCGACCAGGGCAUGGAGCAUGUGGCUGUCCUGAGGUUCCUUAACUGAUGUGCCUCCCUCCUACCUUCUGAAGUGGUGACUUUGUGUGCCCUUCCCCCUCCUUCGUGUAUCCUUUCUCAAUGCUUUCCUUGGUGUCAACCUUAAUAAAAAGACGUCAUCUCCCCUCUUGCUGACUGGUCCUAAGGGGGCUUAAGGGUGGGGCUUCUGGGUCUGCUGUGUGGGUCAUGGCUUAGUAGGAACUUAGGGACCAUGCGUUCCCUCCUCUCUCCUUGCCUGCAGUCCCAGAGAGUUAACUGACCUUGUCCUGGUUGGGGCAAGCAUUGCCAACUCUGCCUGCUGUCCCUUCUGCCUCAGACCUUGAUCCAAACUGGACUAGGAAAUGUGCAGAUUGGCACGGAAAUACCCAGCUUAAAAGGGCUUUUAGUAAGCCAGCAUUCCACACCUGCACAAGACGUUUUGUUUCUGUGAAGCAUCCCCCCUCAUCAUCCCUGCCACAGGGUGACUUCCGAACAAGAGCCUGGCACAGCAGGCAUGACACCUGUUCUAGGGAUGGAGUGGCAAUCGCCGUUCUGGAGGGGUUGCUCGGGGUUUCUGGAGUGGAGUGGCACAUCACCGAGGAAACCACAAUAACUGCCUCGGGCCUCUAGUGGAAGAUGCCGGCAAGGUGUUCCCCAGAGAGAGUCAACACUGACAUCAUCUCUAGAGCUCCCUUGGGUGAUGGAGAUGUCCUGAGGCUGCCCCAGAACAAAGGUUGAGAGCAGACUAGGCUCUGUAUGUGUGUGUGUGCACGCACACGCGUGUGCAUGCCUGUGUGUGUGUGUAUGUGUGAGUCUCUCUGUGUGUGAUGUAAAAUUGCUUCUGUUAGAGAGGUCCAAAGAGGGCUAAAGGCACAGAUUUUUGAAUCUUUAAAUUCCAACACUGAAUUUAC